ACCGGGAGUGAGUGAGAGAGUGAGCGUAUGCUCUCCGUCUCCAAAACAUUUACGCACCGCUGCAGUAUCCCUCUCCCCCUCCCCGUGUCCUACCCCACAUUACCACCAUCAACAACAACAACCGGCUUUCUCCACUCUGAAGGACCGGGAGCAUAAGUCCGGAAACGCAGCGAGGAGGUUCUGUCCCAAAACACUGUGCUGCGCACGUAAAGCGUGAGAGAAGGAGGAGGACGGAAGUUUUUUUCUCUGGUGGAGAGCGCGGGGCGCACCGUACUGAAUGGUUGAGCCGGGCCCUCCAGCGCUGCACCUCCUUCCCCGUGGGGAUGUCAACAUGGCAAGUGCUGGUGUCAAAGUAGAACAGGAGGAGUCCAGUAGAACAGAUGGAAUCAAUACUAAAGCUGUACCUCUUAAGACGUCUCCAUCACGUGACUGGUCAGGAAAUCAGCUGCUCGAGGCCCGCCAACUGACCCCACCACUCUCCCGCUCCCCUUCGGAGGGCUCUCCAGGUAAGGAGCUACCUCACAGGCAAAGCCCCAUUGGAGUCAAGGAGGCUAAGAUGCACGAUCAAUCAGAACAACAAUCCAACUUCAAGGAAGUAAUGCCUACCAUUGAGGAGCUGCUGAAUGCUGACAGGAAGGAGAAACUUCUGGAUAAAAACACAGGAGUGGCAGGACAACUGAAAGGUACCCCUGAGUCUCUGGCAGAGAAGGAGCUCCAGUUGUUGAUGAUGAUCAACCAGCUAAGCGGUCUGAGGGAGCAGCUCCUGGGAGCCCACUCUGAGCAGAGGAACAUGGCUGCCCUGCUGCUGGAGAAACAACAGCAGCAGAUGGAGCUGGCUCGCCAACAACAGGAACAGAUUGCUAAGCAGCAGCAGCAACUGAUCCAGCAGCAGCACAAGAUCAACCUGCUUCAGCAGCAGAUCCAGCAGGUAAACAUGCCCUACGUAAUGAUCCCGGCUUUCCACCCCAACACCCAGGCCCUCCCGGUCACCUCUGACCCCCAGAUGACUUUGCCUCUGCAACCAAUCCCCUGCAAGCCAACUGUGGACUAUUCUAUGCAGCUGCUGCCCAACACUCACUCCACCCCUGUCAAGAGGAGCAGUGGUUCCUUCCGACAGGAAGCAAGUCAGCCCUUGAACCUGACCUCGAGGCCAAAGGGGCUGGAGUUGGGUAAAACACCCAGUCCACAUAGCCUGGAGCUGGGAUCACUGGCACUGCAGGGAUCCUACAGACCCAGAGAUUUCCAGAGAGAGGUGUCCCACAGCCCACCACGAUCUGCCCUCAGUUUCCUGGGAGACAGCGAUGUGGUCACCCAGGCCAUCCACGAUGCCCAGCAGCUCCUGAGGACUCACAGCAGCGGAGGGCGAGACAGAGACAGGGACAGGGACAGGGAAAGACAUGGCAGUGGAAAGGAGUUCAGAGGUUCUCCCAGCAACGAGGGAGCUUCUCACUGUGAGCGGGUUGAAAACAGACUCCCGUCCACUGAGGACCACCUCAGUAGUGACUCUGAGGGUGCCCUGCCUGUCUCAGUCCCAGGCAGCUACCCUGAGGCCCGGCACCCUCCUUCUUCGGGCCACAUCAAAAGACCCAUGAAUGCCUUCAUGGUGUGGGCCAAAGAUGAGCGCAGAAGGAUCCUGCAGGCCUUCCCCGACAUGCACAAUUCCUCCAUCAGCAAGAUCCUGGGCUCCAGAUGGAAGGCCAUGUCCAACCAGGAGAAGCAGCCUUACUAUGAAGAGCAGGCGAGGCUGAGCAGGCAGCACCUGGAGCGCUACCCGGACUACAAAUACAAACCGCGGCCCAAACGAACCUGCAUUGUGGAGGGACGAAGGCUCAGGGUGGGCGAGUACAAGGCCAUGAUGAAGAACCGCCGUCAGGAGCAGAGAGCAACCUACACGCACAGUCAAACAGAACCACAGCAGAUCCAUUACUCCCACAGUGAUGCCCAGUACCCAGGUGGCGGCGGCGGCAGCUCGGUUUCAGCAAUGCCCUUUCACCCAGCACUACUGGAGCAUUAUCUGCCGCAAGUCCCACCCACCCAACGCAGAACCGAAGGCCAAGCCACAGCCACCGCUCUGCCCAGGGAGAGGGAACGGGAGAGAGAGCAACCUCCAUACAGUGAAGGAGAGGAAAGCAACGGAGAGGAGAGGAGCGAGGGGGAACUGGUGCUCCUGACAGACUGAGGAAGGACAGAUAGAGAGGGGGGAAAAGUCAAAUGAAACAUCAGGGAUAGGAGGCAAGGUAAGGGUAGCUGAGGGCAAAGGAUGUUGUUUGUUCAAUGGUUUAGUGAAUGAAAAAAAAGAAUCACCUGUUCCCUUGUAAAUUAGCCCAGUCUCUAGCAAACCCUGCUAUACACACACACAUAAAGCCAAGCUCUUAUCAUUUCACUUAAUGGAGAUCAUGCUUGCUGCUUGGUGUUAGAAUAUCAGAGUUAUUAUUGUUUUCUUACCAUUUUGACUUUUGACAAACAAAAUGCCACGCAAGGAUUUUAGUAAACGGAGAAAAUACAGGAAAUCACAAAAGUACAGUGGAAAACACAAUUUUUACCUGCUGGACACACACAUGAACCUGAGAGCAGAUGAGGUCUUUAUAUCAUCAGUAUGUCAGCAUCGCCCCCUAGUGGUGCAGUCUGGUCAUCACUAAAUGGAUACGGUGAGAGGAGUCGAGGUCUUCUGUGCUUUUUUUCUUACUUUGUCUUACUGGUAUGCAUGUUGCAACAUAGGAGGUUUAGAUUGUCAGACUAGGAUGCUUCCUGACAUUAGGUUAGAACACUCCAAAUCACAUUAGGAGGUAAAGAAAAACAAAAUAAGUGUAUUUCAGCAAUUUUUAUAUUGCAGUCCCAUUAAGUGUAGACAACGUCAGUUAAAAAAAAAAAAUUAAAACAAUGGUUAGAAUCAAAAAAGCAGACUUUAGGUCUUUAUUCCAGCCCCAAAAAUACCAGAUCCUACACUUCCCAUGAUGCAACCUAAUAUCUUUCAUUCGACACUUCCGGCAUUUUGAAUGCUGAUGUUUCAAACUGCCUUUCCAGCCACCCAUUUGUUUCCCGUUUUAAGUGUGAGCAGAAGAAAAUAAGAAAUGAAAAAGUCUUUUAUUUGUGGGUGGGCAGGAAACAAAUGAAAAAGAAAUUGCAACAAAUUGCCAAUGAGAAACAAUUAAAGGAUGAUUGUUGUCAUUUGUCCUCAUAAAAGUCCACAGGUUAGUCUGCCUUUGCAUGACGCGAUUGAGUUUUGAGAAACACACAUGUAAACAAUGUAUAAAUGAACAUGGUUGGUGAACAGCAACCAUUCCCGGACAAAGAUGGCUGAUGCAGUAACAAAAUGUUCCAGGCAAGUUAGUUUCUGUGUUGACUUUUUGGUCAGACUGAAAAAAAAAAAUAAUAAUUUAAAUGAUCAUAAAAAAUAUUUUUUGUAAAGUGCAGGGAGUUCAUACUAGUUACCCUGAUACACACUGUUUGCACACUUUUGUGUGACCCCCUGUUAGACCAAAUCUCUACCAGGAGGUGGAGAGUGGAACGUUAACAUGACCCAUGAAGCCACAACAGUCACAUUAAUGGGAAAGACUGCAUGCUAAAGUAAACCAAAAGUAUCCUCCAAGGCUAAUUCAUAGUUUAUGCAUCCACAUGUGUGCCAUGUCGCACAUAACAUGAAUUCAGAGUCUGCCCAUGUCCUGACUGCAAAUGUGUCAGGAACGUAAACUGGAUGCUUGUUUUGUGCAGCAUAUGUAUGUCAUAAUGUUGCACAGCAUUUCACAUCCUUGACUAUUUAUUUUUGUGAAAUUACUACACACACUUCUUUCUUUUUUUGGCUUUUCCAGUCAAACACAAUAAACACGGCAGCUCGUCUUGCUGCUGUCAGGAGGUUGCCAGAAUUUUUUUUUCUAGUGUGCAUGUUUGGAACCGAUGUGGCUGGUGCACCUCAUCAUCUUGUUGCACUCCACCCGCUUUUCUGCAAUAGCUUCACGGCACCGACUGGACCAGUAGCAUCAGCAUGCUUUUUAUUUCAAUGAAUCGGUUCCCAAUAUUUGUAUCAUAGCAACGGCUGGAAAUAAGUUUUAAUUCACAUUUUAUUUUGUCAGUUUGUUUUUCGAUCUAGCCCAUGACAUCAUCACGGUUAUCUUUUCAGACUUUGGAGGCGAUCUCACCAGAGUGCCUUUUUAGUAUAUUAGGGUAAAUUAGAAUCAUAUUGUAGCUGCAAUCAGGGGCAUGCUUGCUUGCAACGAAAAGACAAAACAAAACAUGGCAGUUGGAAUUCAUUAUUGGAGGCUGGGUCUUAUAUUCAAGCGACGUGCUUGUUCUCUCUCAGGGUACCAAUGAAAUUCCUGUUGUGGCCCCGGUAGUACAGUAAAUCACUAAUCAGACAGUCCUCUUCCUCAUCUUUCCACAUCACAUUGUUUAGUCGUGCCGUGCUACACAUGCUGGAGUUGCAUUUUCAGCAGUUCACUCUCCACAGAAUGUUGAUUUGAUGUCAGCCUUGCCUAUUUUUGUAUACCUCUGUGUUAGCUUGCCGCUUUGAGUGUUUUUUGAUUGUCGUGUUGACCAUCUGCAAUCUGUGCAUCACAAUUUCUGCAGUUUUUCUUCUGAGAUGCCGCCUCUCACAACACAUACAACAUACUGUUCUCAUUAUUACUAUUAAGACCAAAAUGAAGGUGAAGUUCCAUCUAAAUAGACUAAAGUACUGUUCUUUCAUCAUCUUCUACAUUCCUGUACCACAGACAGUUAAUCAAAUCAGUGUGUCCACUCAUUCACUAUUUCCUCUCUCGUUGACAUUCAGUAGAGAUCAGAGAAAUGAUAUUUCUGGCAUUUAAGAAUCACCAUGACUUUGCAUGGUAAGUAGUGUACAUGCCAUGGAAGCUACUUUUUCAAAUUGUGAAAUUUGAGAGCACUAUAUAUAGAGGGUAAAUGUACACACUCAAUAUGUGGAUGCUCAGUAUGUAACAGCAGCGAGUGUGUAGAGUGUGCAUCAUACAUUGGGAGUAAUUUCAGACAGAUUUUUUUAUUGGCAGAAUGUGUGUAAAAUCCCGGCCCAUAUUUGGUGAAUGCAAACAUAGAGGAAUUGUGAUUUUUAUGUAUGACAGCAUUUCUAAAAGUGAAAGAAAUCUAUGUUUUUAUGGGUAACUGAACCUCCAUUCAACUUCGUAAUAUGAACACACACCAAACUCAUCUCUGCAUCCUUAGAAGAUUAUGCUCCAUGUGAAGUAUCUAGGCUGCUCGGUGAUUUUUGGCUCCUUGUAUGAACUUAUUAUUGGCAUAUGUUCUUUGAUAGUACGUCUGCACUGACUGUAACUCUGUUGGUAUUCUAGUUGUUUACCAAUCAAGACUUACAAGAUUUAGUCAAGAUUUACCAUUACACCAUGCUUAAAAACAACACUUUUUAAGCACGGCUAAAGCACGGUUUGUCAUGAGCUGGUUAAAGCAGUAUUUGUUAGCAGAACAGACACAACUAACUUCCUGAGUAGGAACACCAACUUAAUGAUUUAGGAUUUUCCUUGCAGGACAUGGAGAAUUCUCCAUUCCAUUAGUGAAAUUCAGUAAGCUCCAUGUUAAUGAUGCUACUGCUUUAGCAUACACUGUGUCAAGUGACUGUAGAUUCCUAUAUGAAUUGAAUGUUAUUUACUAUUUCUAAAGUCAAAUGCUGAGUCAUUUUAAAUGAGCUCAACUUGUAGUUUUGUGUAAGGAACUCUUAAUUUUCAAGGUUGACAAAUCAUAAUGGUGGGAAAAGACCAAUUUCAUACCUCUGGGUUUGGGCUCAUCAUGCUAAACAUGCUGGUUUUUGUGUAUAGAGACAGAUAUCAGAAGGAAAUGUUUCUAUUGUUUUCGCGGAGAUGUGCUGAGGAGUCACCUGUCAUUACCCCUGCUGAUGUAAAUAUAGAAAGAGACUUUAUUUUGUUUAUAAGAGCUUGUGUAAUUUAAAGGUGUACAUUUCUAUACGUUUUCUGAUUUUGUGUGUUUAUUUGUUUUUUUGAUUUUUGACAGAAAAUAAAUUGAUUGUGUUAACUGUGUUUGGUAAGAUUAUGUGUCUGUUUGUAUGUCUGUAUUUGAAGACUGACUCUACCAACACACCGUGGUUGGUUCAGUACUUACUCACACACGGAUGAUAUUGCUUUAUAACUUAGUGCACUAGCUUUGACUCCAGCCAGAGAACGCAUUACAGUUACUUAACAAGUCAAUCAGAAAAUCUAACACACUUCUUAGCUUUGCUCAAUUAUCUCUCUCUGAAGGAUUUCACUUCAAUAUUUAAGGUCAAGAUGAAUGCCAAAUGCACAUUCUGCUUCAUAAUAAAAUGUUAACUUGA